AUGGAGCCCCUGGAGUCACACAAACUCAAGGGUCACACUGAAUGGGUGACCAGGGUGGCCUUCUCGGCCGACGGCUUGCUACUAGCAUCGGCGUCACAUGACAUGACCAUCAGGCUAUGGGAUGUGAGCUCAGGACGGCAGCUACGGAAAUUAGAGGGGCACACUAGUGUGGUUAUCUCCGUGGUCUUCUCGCCCAACGGCUCACGGCUCGCAUCGUGCUCAUAUGAUGGCACCGUUAGGCUGUGGAACCCAAAAACGGGGGAGCAAGUACGAGAGCUAUACCACAACCUCGGCGUCCUCAACGUGGCAUUCUCGCCCGACGGCGCGCAGCUUGUAUCGGCCUCGUGGGAUGAGGAAGCAAUGCUGUGGGACUUGAACACGGGGCGGGAAAUAUGGAAGCAAAAGGGCCCGUCCAGGUCCUUCACAAACCGGGUGGCCUUCUCGCACGACGGUUUGCUAGUGGCGUCAAUCAUAGAUUGUACAACGGUGACGCUAUGGAAUAAGAGCACAGGACGGGAAGAGUGGAAGCUGAAGGGCCACACCGCUCCCGUGCAACACGUUAGCUUCUCACCUGUUAGCUUGCUAUUGGCGUCAGCAUCAACAGAUAAGACGGUCAGGAUGUGGAAGCCGAAAACUGAGCAGACGCGGAAGCUGGAGGGGCAUACGGGCACCGUCUGGACGGUCGCCUUCUCACCCGACGGCUCGAUGCUCGCGUCGGGCUCAUCUGACGAAACCGUCAGGAUAUGGGGCGUAGACUCCGGCCGGCAACUUCACAAGCUAGAGGGCCACACUAGUGCCGUCUGGGGGGUCACUUUCUCACCUGACAACUCGCUGCUCGCGUCAGCGUCCCUCGAUGGGACGGCGAGACUAUGGAAACCGAGAACGGGAGAGGCCCGGAAAUUGGAGGGUCACACUGAAGUCGUCCGAUCCGUCGCCUUCUCACCCGACGGCCUGCUGCUCGCGUCAUGUUCGGAGGAUCGGACCAUCAUGAUAUGGAACGUAGCACUUUGA